AUGGGGAAUAAUUUCAGAAAUGGUGGGGUAUUUGCUGUGAUCUUGUUGUUGGGGUUGUUUGUUGUGCAGAUUGCCGAUGGCCGGCAGCUUGAGAAAGACCAAUUUGGCGGUGGUGGGCUUGGCGGCGGCGGGGGGUCUGGCGGCGGAUUUGGUGGUGGUUCUGGUGGAGGCCUAGGAGGUGGUUCCGGUGGUGGAUUCGGGGGAGGUUCCGGUGGCGGCCAAGGAGGUGGAUUUGGAGGUGGCAAGGGAGGAGGGUUUGGUGGAGGUUCCGGAGGUGGUGCAGGCGGAGGAUUUGGGGGUGGCUCUGGAGGUGGGGGAGGGUUUGGAGGUGGGUCUGGAGGUGGGGGUGGCCUAGGUGGAGGCUCAGGAGGAGGGUUUGGAGGUGGGUCUGGAGGUGGGGGAGGGUUUGGAGGUGGGUCUGGAGGUGGGGGUGGUCUAGGUGGAGGCUCAGGAGGAGGGUUUGGCGGGGGAUCUGGAGGUGGGGGUGGUCUAGGUGGAGGCUCCGGGGGAGGGUUUGGUGGUGGUUCCGGUGGCGGUGGAGGUUUUGGUGGCGGACAUUAG